GAGGAACAGCCAGAUGAACCUGAUGGCCCCCUUCCUGGCUCAGCCAGUGACCAAGAAAAGAAAGUAAGAGUCUCUCCAGCCAAAAUGUCAACCAAGAAUUCUACAGAUCUAGUUGAAUAUGUUGACAAGGGUCAUUCUUUUCUUCCCAUCAUUCCACACCCCGCGAGGAGUCAGCUAGAAGACAGACUGAACAACCAGGAGCGCACCAUAGCUUUCCUCCUUGAACAAGCCUUCCGCAUCAAGGAGGACAUCUCUGCUUGUCUUCAGGGGACCCACGGCUUUCGAAAAGAGGAGUCGCUUGCCAGGAAGCUACUGGAAAGCCAUAUCCAGACCAUCACCAGCAUCGUCAAAAAACUCAGCCAAAACAUUGAGAUUUUAGAAGACCAAAUAAGAGUUCGAGAUCAGGUGGCCACAGGAACUAAUUUUGCAGUUCAGGAGCUCAACACCAAGCACCUUCAAGGAGUUGGAGAUCUUCGAGGAAGAGUAGCCAGAUGUGAUUCCAGCAUUGUGAAGCUUUCUGCAGACAUUCACUUCAUCAGGCAUGAGCACCGGCAAAUUGAGAAAACAAUUCAAGAGCUCGUGUCUGCCCUGGAAACUAUUUCUAAGAACUUGGAUGUGAAGGUAAUGCAGCUCUUAGGAAGGCUAGAGACUUCCAGUUCUGAGCAAAUCUCAAAUUUCAAGAUGCUUCAGGGGGAUUAUCGCCACGAAAUGAACAUUUUGGAGUUCAAAUUUAAUUCACUUUCAAAUAAUCUGUGUGAGGAAGUUGAGAACAACAAAAAAUGGACAGAAAACCAGUUCAUCAAAUAUCAACAAGACCUCCUGGGCCAUAUCAAUCAGUGUCUGAAGCUACUCCGGGAGAAACUGGAAAAGUCUGAAAAUAAAAUGGAAGAAAAAUUACUGCGGCUUUCAAGCAAAUUAGAGAAUUUCAUUAACACACAGAAACAGGAAGCAGAACUAAACAAAGUAAAGCAUAUAGAAAAUAAACUGUCCAAAAAGAUGAACCACAUGGAAAAGCACAUCUGGGGUGAAUUAGAGAAAAUGCAGAAUGAAUAUCAAUCAGGAUUUCAAUCGAUUCAUGACUCUCUCAGCUCCCUCCAACAAAUACAGAAAACAAAGAUGGAUUUAGAGAAAUAUAAAGUACGGAAAGACCUAAAGAAAUUACAGCGUAAGAUAGGGGAACUCCAGGAAGUGUAAAACUUUCCAGCCAUCUUCUUUUUCACCGAGCAAGGGAGUGCUUUGUUGGUAAAAUUUGUGAAGAAGAAAGCUAAUAUCUCUGGGAUGUUUACUGCUUCUAAUAUCUCUGUAUUUCUUACCAACUUUUUAAGGAGACGAAUGGACCAGAAAAUCCAAUAAAGCGAAGCAGCUUUAUGAUGUCUUCAUUAACUUAUUAAUGAAAAAAUUAAGGAAUUUUUUUUACAUAGACGCCUUUUUAUAUUUUUAUUUGCCUAUAAAUAAAAAAAGAGCAAACUACAUACAGAAAUGAGUCAAGUAGGCUGGGGCUGUGGCAAACUGGAGACCACUUACCCCAUCUAAAAACAACAGCCACUAUGCACUUCUAGUUCAUUACUAACAUGCAUAUCAUCCAUUAUUGCCAAAAUUUUCGUUUUUCAUGAGAAACCAGAAAUCUGGUUUUAUAUGAAACUAUUUAUAAGCACUAGCAACUGGCUCAAAAUAGUUCUUAAACUAUGAGGGAAUGUCUGUGGGGCAGAUACAGCCAGUGUGCUGUCAAAUUGCAACUUCAAAUCCAGAGGUUCUUGUUUUCUAAUAAUCCCCAUAUUUACAGCAAGUCUAAUGUAUAUUUAAAAUAUUGAUUUGUCAUACUCAAUAUGUAUCAGAAUUAUGAGCAAGUAAGGGUUAACCAUGCAAAAUAAGAGAAUACAAUAGUUUCCAUGAAAAACAUCUAACAUAAUUUGAUCUAGGUGCUAAAUUCAGAAGCACUUCAAAAACAUUAAUUAGUUUCCUAUAAAAUUAAAGUAUUUCUAACUUUUCUAGAUAUAAAUGUUAAAUGGAGAGCCUGGUAAUGGGCAGUAAAAUCAUGAAAAAUAAAAACAAACUAUUCAUGUCAUGCACUAUCUGCUAGAACAAUGACUAAUUUCUCAUCACAGAGCUUUGUGUAAACAUGGCAAGGGGACCCUCGCUUCAGAUUUGGUCUCCUUCCUUGGUUUAGGGAAGAAGAGUGACAACUUCUCUGCUAAUAAAGAACAAAAUUACCUUCCAAAGCAAUUUUGGACCAAUGCCCACCUCUCUAAUUUUUUAGCUAUAUGAAACAUCUCCAUUUAUUUUUGUUAAUUUACUUACAGCAUCACUGACUAUAUUCCAAGGGAUUUUCAUAGGAGAACUUAAAGAGUUUACAAUGCAAUAGCAAGUGUCCUUUGCAAUCAAGUGUUACAGUAGGACAAAGGGCUAAUAUCUCAAGUAAUUCCAAAUAACUCUUACAAGCCAAUAAGAGAACAAUAAGUCAAUUUUUUUUAAAAAACAGGCAAAGAAUAUGAACUGGCAAGUCACAGAAGUAUACAAUAAUAAACGAAGAUAUGAAAAGACAUUCAACCUAUUAAAGAAAUAAAAAUUAAAGGGACCCUUAGCUACCAUUUUCAGAUUGAAAAAAUUAAAGUGAUUGAUACUAUUAGGUUGACAGGGGUAUAGAGAAAUGUGCACUCUCAUGCAUUACUGGUGAAUCUAUAAAUUGGUACAAUGAUUUAGAGGGCAAUUUGGAAACAUCUAUUAACACUUUUAAAUGUAUAUAUCCUUUGACCCUGGGAUUCUACUGCUAGAAAUUUCUAUUACUGGGGGAAAAAAAUUCCAAGGUGUGCAAAGAUGUAUGAACAAGGAUGCUCAUUACAGCACCAUUUGUUAUAGUAAAACAACUGAAAACAACCCUAAGGAAUUGAUUAAAUUAAUGCUAUCACCAGACAAAAACUGCUAUCCAGCCUUUAAAAAGAAUACAGAAAGAUAUCGAUGAUACACUGAUAGGUGUAAAAAGCAAGUCGCAAAGCAACAUGGAUACGAUCCCACUUCUGUCAAAACAAUUUUUAAAUAAGUUAAACAGAAUAUUGCAUAACCAUAAGCAAACAAAGGUAAGAAUUUACAACAAACUUAGCAGUCAUUGGAUUAUGAAUAAUUUUGUUUUCUACAUUAAGCAUUAAUACUUUUACAUUAUUACAAUAUAAUAUUUUGCUUUCCAGUAAAAAUAUAUUUUAUAAAACAACCACAACAAAUACACUAGUAGGCUGAAAGAAUAACUCUUUGUAAUGAACCAAAUAAGUGGUUGUAGAAAGGGUUAAAUUAGGAAUUCACACAGAUCAAGGACCAUGUCAUCCCACUCAUAUGCAUUUUUACUUUACAGACAUAGCUACAAAAGCAGAGAGGACAUAACAGCAAGUGCAAAAAAAAGAUGCUGAUGCAUUUUUUUUCCCUUGUAAAUAAAAAUGCUCUCAACUAAAUUCUAGCUCAAACAAUAGUGCAGGAUCAAGCCAAAAGCUUUCCCAGAAUGAGUCAACACCUCAUUGGUGUUGACAGGGUGGUACUACAUAGAAUUGAAUGCAAUGCAAGGGGGUAGGGGAUCAAAGGAUCCUCUGCCAGUGUUCUCUUGCUUGGGAUCCCAAGUUGGGGUGUCCACAGAUUGGCACAGACUCUAGAUGUCCUGAGAACUAUGCCUCGAGAGAAGGUGGAUCCACAUAUUGUAGGACCUAAAGCUUAAAGCUUUGACGUGUUCUUGAUGUCCUGUCCUAAUGAGCGGGCACAGGAGUCUGUAGGAAUACUCCUGGAAGCUAUUGCUAGCUCAGGACAGCAGCAACUCAACUGUAUACAGAAGAGACCAUGAACAAUGUAAGUAUGUCCGUCCAACCCAAAAGUAUCCCCAACUCCACUUCUCUUUAGCUGGAUCCAAAGAUGCCCAUGGCCACUCCAGGAGCACCUGACAUCAAUGGAAGUUGGAGUAGAAAGAGAGUGGUCUUAACCAACGAUCUCAUUGUAGUUAAAAUGUCUUCUGCAAAUUUUACGACGAUCUUGUAAACACACUGCCAAGGCUCAGGUAAGUAGGGGACCCUGGAGCUCAAGGGCCAUCAUUUGACACUACAUUCACCUCUGCUCGGGGGACCAGUGGAGCACUGGGUCUCCCUUGCUUUGCAUUUAUUUUGCAAUGGAUCCAUAAAGGUGACAAAGAUGAACAAUCCUCAUAGAGCAGCUCAACAUACAUGCACUUUAUUCUUUACCAAAACCAACACUUAAUCCUUUGGGAAAUGUCAAACUUCUCUCCCCACCAAUACAGGAGAAUGCUUGAGCAUCACAGAAUCUGCAGUCCAGAUGCAUCGGCAAACUUGAGGCAGAUGUUAAAAUAUCUCAGACUCCACUUUAGGGACAAACCCCAUCUAAACAGGCUUGGAAAUCCAAGGACCCUGCUGACACCAUGUUUCCUGCCAUUUCCUCCCUCUUAUCAAAAACCUGCUGUUAGGGAGAAAAAAAUAUAUAAAAUUAUUUACACUGAGGACUAAAUGGGAAUGUUCAAAGUACCCUACUUCCCCACUGAAGAUGAAAGACACAUCCCUCACCUUAUGUUUCACAGGUAACUGCCUUCUCAGCCCCAUUGUGAGGUAGACACGCUCACCACCUGAUAGCCAGGAGAGCAAUAGGCCCAAGGUCCCAGAAAUAGCAUCCCCAGAAUGCUCUGCACACCAGCAGCUCCCCCCUCUUCUACAGAAACUUACUAAACACCUGUCCACUUCUAUUAGUGUCAUUCAUAAUAGCAGCAAGUAGCAUCCAAAACACCAAGAAGGAAAAACUUGCUCUACACUAUAUAUACACACACAUACAUAUUGGUGUUUUUACCUGAUGAAAUGGGUCUCCACACUUUUGUGAGAUAUUACUUUUUAUAUAUUUGCAGCCUCCAUUCAUUCAUUUGCUAGGCACUGAGGAUACAACAUUAAGCAAACUAAAUAUGGGCCCUCCCCUUAGGGAUCUUACAGUCUAGUAGAAAAGACCAACAAUUAAACUUGCAAAUACCUGGGCAAGUGAAGGGUGUGAUGGGAGCACCUGGGAGAGGCAUUUAGCAUAAACAUGGGGAAUCAGGCAGAGGGAUCUUCCAGAAGAAGGGAUAUCUAGAUUGAGACCUCUAAAGUAUAAGUAAAUAUUAACCAAGGGAAAGGGGCUUGAUUGGCAGAGGUGGGGGCUCAGGGAGAUGGCACAGCCUAAGCAAAGGCCUGGAGGCCAAGAGAAUGGGACUCAUGCCAGGAACACAUGUAAGAAGUUCAAUGGGUUAGAACCUAAAGUGUGUGUGGUGGAGGUGAGGGAGGGGGCUUGAGGGAGGUGAGCAGGAAAGAGAACACGAAGUUGGAGGGAGUGGGUAUCUGAUCACAAAGGGCCUUGUUACUCCUCUUGAGGAGCAUGGACUUUAUCUUUAGGGCCCACAGUAGCAUUUGAAGGAUUUUAUUUAUCUAUUUUUUUAAAGAUUGACCCUGAGCUAACAUCUGUUGCCAACCUUUUUUUCUUUUUUUCUUCUUCUCCCCAAAGCCC